UUCAGAACCGUUGGCUAUGGACGUUACCGCGCUACCUUCUCUAGACCGCGACCUUUGACGAGCAAUGUUUCAUUUUGCAAUCCCACAUAGCUACAACAUGAAAUACCAACUGUCUCUAUAUUAGAAUACAAACUAUGUGCCGCUGUUUUCUAUAAUACGAUUCGGUAUCUUAAUUUUUAUUUCGCGUAGAUAACGUCCUAAUGACGUACGUUUGUUUAGUGAAAUUGAAGUGAUAGGAUGCAGUGUAGAUAAUAUUAUAUUUCUUCGGUUUGCGGUUGUGGUUCGUGUUGAAAGAUCGCGCAAAUGCAGCAACAAUGCAGGCUCAAAAAGAAUCAAGCAGACCAAAGCGGAGCAUGAAAAGGCGUAAUUCUAGAAAAAAAUCUUUAUCGCCGUCAGACUUAAAAUUUACUCAAGGGGACACGAAAAGCGAGAACAAAUUGAACGGUAAAAGAUCAUUAUCCGAGGGGUCAGUGAAAGUGAGACACAAGAAAAGCAACAUACAGAGGACUUUGACCUACCCCAUUUCGUGUGCCGAUUUCGAAGAUGUUUCUAUGAACGCAGUGUUUAAGAUGAAAGGUGAGCCCGGGCCACCUGAAAGUGACGAAUCAAAUCUGCCGCCGACUAGUAGUGAUAGAGAUACGGAGGAUGAUGUGCGUGUCAUGGCUCAACCUUUGCCGCAAAGGCCUCGAUGGGACUCAGGAAGCGAAAUGGACUCAUUGGUCUCCAUAGCCGUAAGAAAAGCGUCGGCACGACGACGCCGAACGCCAGCUAACCUUGAUUGGGGCGUCAAUAACGAACAAGGAGAAGUAAGUGAACCAGAGGCCGGUCGCAUGCGUCCCGAAGACUACCGUCUUGUGUUCCUAAGCUCCGAUUCAUCGUGCCGCGAAGACACGGAAGACUCAGCAUCUACCGCGUCUUCUGCUGCGCCGCCCGCGCCCGACGACUGUGAUUGGGAUUAUUUCGAGCCGGGCGCAUCGGCGGCGCAGUCACUACCACCACAAUCACCACCCACAAAACAUACACCGCAAGCCUGUCUCCGCACUUGUUCUUGUGGAGCUGAACCUCGUAUAGUCGCUGUCCCUGUGCCCGUGCCAGUACCGGUUCCCGCGGCGCUUUGGCCGGCCCUUCUUGCUUUCCCAACGCAGACGCCGCCAGCUCCGCAUUGGAAUACAUAUCCGGGUUUUCCACCUCUCGAUGCUGCGGCUUUCGCCCGUCUCACGACGGCCGCUGCCGUCGCAGUCACCGCUGCCGCCACCGCGUCCGUUUUACCGCAAAAUAGACUCGAAAUGACUGUAGAAAAAACUGAUAAAGCGAUUCAGUCCGAGCAACAAGUGCCAACAAGGGCUCUUGAUAACGAUAAGGACGAUAACAUUAUCGAACGCGCAGUCGAACAUGAAACGUCAGAUGGAAUAAAAGUAAUUGCAGAAGACUCUAUAUCAAUUUUGUCGGAAACUGUGGAAACAAUGCCAGACCACCUCGAUGCGGAGAAUGCGUUUGCAUCAUCGAAUGAAUCUGCAAAUUCAAGUGAUUCCGAGACUGGAAUUGCACGGAGAAGUUAUGACCUUAGAAGUGGCGCCCCCGAAGAACCAGCGACAUCGGACGAAGACUCUGACGACUCAGGGGGCGGAGGUGGACAAUUUUCACGUGUGUUUGUUGUUAAUCCUGCGGAUUCUUCCUCGGACAUGGAAGAUAAUGCAGAUAGCAGUGGAAUCGACUGUGACGAUUCUUAUGACAAAAAAUCCGAUAGCUUAGAAAUAAUGGCUGUGGAAAUGCCUUUAGAAAAUAAUAUAAAUAUUGUACCGGGGGUUGCAAAUGAAAGUAUUUCGGGAAAUAGUGAUAAUAUCGUUAUUCUAGGGUCAGUUAAUUUUUCCGAAAAUUACCCUAUGAUUAAUUUUGAUAGUAAUAGUGAAGAAAAUUGUGAAAAUGAGUGUAAUAAGUCUAAUUUUAUAAAGUUUUGCGAUGAAAACAUGCUUCAAAGUGAAAUGUGUGAGAAAUUCAAUAGUUUUAAUACAGUUAGUGACGACUACACGAAUAGCUUGGAUUAUCAAAGUAAUUUAGACAAUAGUCGGACCAGUGGCAUAUCAGAAAAUAUCGAGUACGAUUCAUUAGAUAAUUCAUUUAACUCGGACUGUAAUAUAAAAGUGUCGGUCGAGUGUUCUUUUGAUAAAAAUUACGAUAAAAACAUAUCAAAUGAAAUAGAAAAAGACUCAUACCGAAAACUAUCACCCUCGCCGGAACUAAAACAAGCGGAUACAAGUUUAUUACCAUUACCGCCACAGAGCGAUGAAAAAAUAGACUUGUUUAAAGGUAUUGAACGCACGCUCAGUGAGUUAUUGAAGAAAGAAUUAAUGGAGGACCAAGGGGAGGAGAAAAUGCACGGUUCGCGGCCGGUUUGCGCUGAGACGGAGGGGAGCGCGGGCGCACCUGUAGCGACAACAGUUUGCCGCUCGCGCACGGCCGAAGCGGACGGGUCCGCGCGUUUCACGAGCCGCGUUAUGAUAACGCACGAUCGUGUCUCCGUUGUCACGUCAGACACGACGCGGCUCAUGCGUGACAUUAUAGUGCAUCACACAAACUCGCAAAACGAACCGGAACCGGGCGCUAGUGAACAACAAAACGAUACAAACGAACGAUUAUCCGACGACGAAUCGGCGCAACCUUCAGGUGGAGUGACUGUUGUUAGUAAUGCCGACACUCUCUCGGCGGUUGUGUGCCUCGAGGAGGGGCUCGCAGAUGACGACUCGUGGGUUGAGGACGUUAGCCACGACGAUGCCACUUCACCUUCGGACUCAGAUUCGGGAGAUGAGGCUACAUUGCCCGCUCGAGGAGACGAUUUUGCAUAUUGUAGACGUUCCUUAGAUUUUACGUUGCAUACUAUAGUCGAAGAAAGUUGCGAAGAGAGCGAAACAGAACCCACAACAAAGAAACAAAGACCCAUCUCAGCUACUGAACUGGAAAAAUAUUUUUUCUUUGGCUUAGGGGAUGGAAGGAACGUUCGGGAUGAUGAAGAUCCAGUAUCGGAAACAUCAAGCAUCUGUAGUGAGGGUGAUGAAUCAAUAGUUGAUACGGAACAACCGAAAAGAAGUGUUGAUAGUGAUGAACUUGUGUCCUCGCGCUUAGAAAACUAUUUUUUGUCUGGUUUUAUGGGUUUCAACCAAGAACGACGUGAUUCUGAUGGCUCUGGAAGUGUUGGAAGCGAUAGUGAAGGUAAACAAAGUCCCGAACAAAGACGAAAACGGUUAGUUCGAGCUCGGGGAACACCUCGGUCACAUUCUUCAUCAUUAGAUAACUUAUUAACUGGCGAUGAACCUUCUCAAGAUAAUCAGGAAAUUUCAGAUGGCUCUAGUACUGAAACAGAAGACCGGCAUGAAUCCCUUGAAAGAUUGGACAUGCAAGGUGAAACAAAAAGAAAAAAAAGUAAAAAGCCACGAGGUUCACCAGCUGACGAAAGGCGUCAAUCAGUUGAAUUUCCAGAGGAAACUCGGGAUGAUACAAGGUCUGUUUCAGAAGGAGAAGAUGGAAGGUCGUCACCACGAGUUGAAUUCCCACCCUUAGGAUCUGAGCUUUCAGAGUCAAAAAAACAAACAAGCAGAGAUAGUGGUUUUGUAGGUAGCUGUGACGACUUAUUGAGGAAUGGAGACUCGAGUUCAGAGUUUGCUAGGUCUCACGAACCUAAAACUGAGCUGGAAGAAAUAAUUGAAGAGGUGCGGCAAGAUGUUGAUGAGCGCCCAGAACGACCCCUUUCAUCCCGACCCCCUCCGAGUCCAUUAACAAGAAAAGAUAGCUUUAAUAAUUGGUCAUCUGAUGAGGAAACGAACCUCAUGAUGACAAAAAUGCGUCAAUUUUUUAAACAAAUGAUUAACACGGCAAAUGUUAGAACCUCAACCCCCACAUCCAAUCCAUCCAAUACAGAAAGUCCACGUCCGCCAAAGCCGCCGCAAUUGCUUUAUUUUGAAAGUGAAUUAACUCGAUUAAUGAAAACAGUACCCGGCAUUCGAGACGAGGAAGUUCGUGAAAUUGUAGAAUAUUUGUCAAGUGAAGACACGUGGAGUGAUUCAUACGACUCUUCAGACUACGCCGGAUCCGAUUUAGAAGGUACGGCAGCCAACCGGUCAGCAUUAAGAAAGCAAAUAUCUGACAGCUGUAGAGAAAUAAUUGAUGAGUUUGAUCGCGGAAAUAGUGAAGCAGGGUCUCUAGAACGAGAUGCUGUUGGCGCUUAUCAAAGAUUAGCGGCGACGUUGGGACGAGCCGGAGACGGAUCGCCGCCGUUGUUUGGGAAAGUAAUGCGCCAUAUUGGCGGUAGACUGGUAGCAUUAAUGCAUGAAGUAUCAGGUGGUGCAUCUCCGAGCACAGAUGAUGACAGUGCUUCGGAGCCAGGAGCUUUAGCUCGUAGUCGAUCUCACGAUAUCCUCGAGGCUGCGGCGAGUAGAGGAAGUGUUGCGAGUGAUUGUGAAAGGUUUUCAUGGCGUGGUAGUUUUGAGUCAGCUCUGCUCGCGGCUGACUCCCGGGGAACAUUGGGUGGCGGUGGGUGUGAAGCGAGGCGAUCCCCAGGCGUUGCCGACUUGGCAGCUCAAAAGUCACACUCAAGAAGUUGUGGGGCAAUCAGUGGUAGUGAAGACCGACUAUGGCGAGGAAGGAGACGAGCAUCGGCUCCUGAUGCAGAGUCUGAAGAAGAACAACGCGCCGGAUCGCUACCUCGACUUCCGUCUAUCACUGGCACAAAUACGGUACCGGCAGGGCCGGUAAAAUCAGCUCGGUAUCGAGCUCCUGGCUUCAGAACUGCGACGAGAGCAGCCUCGGCCCCAGGUCUACACGUUCCCAGACGUAGACGAGCUCCACCAACACCUCAACCCGCAACUCCGUCGGCACCCGCGUCCGCUCCUAGCUUACAAGAUGAAAUGUACAUAUCAGAAGGGUUAUCCCCUGGACACGCUACACUGCCAAGGCGUUCUAACUCACCGCUUCCUCAUGAUCGCGAUAUGGACAGAGACAGGUUUCCCAUCAAUAGAAGUGGUCUACAGGCACGAUCGGAGUCUAUGGCUUCAGUUUAUUCGGGAGCGGGAGAGGGUUUGCGAGGGAGUGUGACGGUGCGAGGAGAGGUUCAGUUUUCGUUACUGUACAACUAUCGGCUCGGAGCUCUGGAAGUUGGUGUUAAACGGUGUCGAGAUUUGGCUCCCAUUGAUGUGAAGCGAAACCGCUCGGAUCCAUAUGUCAAGGUCUACUUGUUACCGGACAAGUCUAAAACUGGCAAGAGGAAGACAAAGGUGAAGAAGAACACACUGAGUCCCGUGUUCGAAGAGACGCUGAGUUUCGCGCAGCCGCUCGCCUCGCUGUCCGCGCGGACACUGUGGCUGAGCGUGUGGCACGCGGACAUGUUCGGACGGAACGACUUCCUUGGCGAGGUCACGUUGCCGCUGGCCGACGUCGUGUUCGACGACCCCGAGCCCAUGUGGUACAAGCUUCACGAGAGGACGGAACAAUUCGAUGAGCACCAAGGCUCGCGAGGUGACCUCAUUAUCGGUCUAAAGUUCGAACUACAAGACGUCGCCCGCGGAAAGGGCACGCUACACGUACUUGUUAAGGAAGCCAAGAAUCUCGUCGCUACUAAACCUAACGGUUUGGCUGAUGUGUUUUGUAAAAGCUACCUGCUGCCGGAGCGCGGGCGGCUGGCGAAGCAGAAGACGUCGGUGAGCCGGCGCACGCUGAGCCCGCGCUGGGAGCACACGUUCGCGUACCGCGGCGUGGCGCUGCGCGAGCUGGCCACGCGCGCGCUCGAGCUCAGCCUGUGGGACCGCGACCGCCUCGCCUCCAACGACUUCAUGGGCGCCGUCCGGCUCUCGCUCGGCACCGGUACAUACAUGGGUGCAACAGUUAACUGGAUGGACAGCGUGGGUAGAGAAGUUGCUCUCUGGCAAACUAUGAUGCAGCGUCCUAACUUCUGGGUCGAAGGUUCUCUUCCCUUGAGACCUCAAUUGAAUAACUAAAUACAAUUGUAAAAUUUACAUUGAACACCGAUUUUAAUUAAAAUAGAUUAUUAAAUUACAUUUAUUUUUCAUUGUAAAGUAUACACGCGACAUUUUUCCACAUAUUACUUAAUAGACUAAGAAAUUGUUAUCUCAUUUGAAGUUUCUAAACUUAAAAUUUUUAGAUGUAUUUUUUUAUUUGCUAUUAUUGUUAGAUGAAGAUUAAUAUGUUUUAAUCUUGCAUUUUACUAUAAUUAUAUUAUCUCAGUGGGGACUAUUUAAAAUAAUACUCUUAUUUAGAAACUUUAGUGCUAAGUAUAUUGUCUAUUUCAGACCUCUAACAACAUGUGCCAAUCAUGUCGUAAUUUAUUUAAUACAUAAGUUCGUGGUGGUUGAAUAUUGAUGUUUUAUUACGAAACUGCUAGAUCUUUAAUCUACAUAAUAUAUUUCAUUCUUUAUACUUACUUUUCUGCUUGUAUUUCGUUUAAUAUUUACACUCUGACACGAUGUGGACUAUUUUUAAGUAUAUUAAUGACAAUAGUAUCCAUCUUUAAACUGCCUAUUAGGUAAUAACUAGAGAUAUAUGUUUAAGUUACGCAUUUAUAAGUAGGAUUAUAAUGUACAAAUUUAAGUUCUCAUGAGUCCAUAAGUUUCUGCUCAUGCAUAUUGUGAUUUAUAAAUAUGUUAAAGUACUAAUUAAUAAGAUGUUAUAUAAAGAAAGAGUGUUGUAGUUUAAAUUGUUUUUGAAAGAAAUAUUAAUGGUAUAUAACAUCGAAUUUUCCAGAAUACGUCCAUAGAUUUAUAGCUAAUUAUUAUAAAUAACGUUACUAAGCUACUUAAACGUUAAGU